UGCAAAUGGUGUCCAUCGCCGUCUGUGGGGAAAUGGAGACAGAUCCAUGUUGUGAAGAGCCCAAAGAUCCUGCAGGAGAGCCCACAGAGCCUGAGGUAAGGAACGUCAUUUCUGAGCCUGCUGACAGGGUCAGGUACACAGAGCUGCUCUGUGGGCCUACAGAGGAAAGAAAGGGACUGUUCCUAAAAGAGCCAGCUGUAACAGGGAUCUUUGCAAGACCGAGUAACAGCACUGAGGUAAAAAGCUUCUCUGAUACUGAGGGAGGAGGUGGAGGCACAGAAUGCAAGAAACACAACCUGAGGAAAACAAACAGCUGGAAGAUGGUUCGAUUCCAGGAUCCAUCAACAGAUGAUGAGUCAGAGAGGGACAGCUCGGCAGAGGGUCUCUUUCCAGAAUAUAUAACGGAGGAGUGGACGUCCUCUACCUUUGAGAAGCUGUUCAUGGCAGAAGACUGGCAGGACAUCACAGAGGAUCGUCUAUUAAGGAAGAAGUUACUGGAGUCCAGGGGCCUGCAUGCACUGUGCCCCACCUGGGGUCAAGAGGUCACUGUGAAGAUGCAAUGUGUCCUUGAGGACCGCACUGUGGUAGAGAAGGAUUGCAAACUUGUCUUUGUCAUCGGAGAGGGAGAUGUAAACCAGGCCCUGGAGGAGUGCGUGAUGUCCAUGCAGAAAGGGGAGAUCGCAUUACUGCUGGCAGAUUCACAGUAUGCCUAUGGACUUCUGGGAAGAGAGCCUGAUAUUCCAGCCUGGGCUCCUCUACUCUACCAGCUGCAGCUGCUGGACAUCAGAGAGAAACCAGACCCAUUCUCUCUGCCUGUCGCAGACCGCAUUCGCAUCGGCAACCAGAAACGAGAGCGAGGAAACUUUCAUUUCCAGAGGGAGGAAUACAGCUUGGCCGCCAGAGCCUAUUGCAUGGCUUUAGAUGUGCUAACCACACAGAGCAGAGAUGGGAGUGAUAUUGGUGUAAAGUCAGAGGAGGAGGAGGUGAAGGACUACCGUGUGAAGUGUUUAAAUAACCUGGCCACUGCUCAGCUCAAACUGGAGCAGUACGAUGACGCGCUUUGCUCAAGCCGAGAUGUCCUUACCCUUGAGCCCAGCAACGUCAAGGCCCUUUUCAGGGCUGGAAAGCUCCUGUCAGACAGAGGAGAAUACAAAGAGGCCAUGGAGGUGCUAAAAAAAGCCUUGAAACUAGAGCCAACCACCAAGGCGAUCCACGCUGAAUUAUCUAAACUGGUCAAACGGCAGUCAGGAGGGAAAGACAUUCAAGAGUGGAAACCUAAACCAGCCGAGAUGCUCGGAGACAACAUCACACCUUUCCUGAUCCCUUCUAGAAAAAAGGAACAAACAGGGAUCUCCUGGAAGUUUAUACUGGGAGCUCUGGUUGUGGCCUUGGGCAGCUUAGUGACAUCAAUGAUUCUGACCGCCAAAAACUAAAAUCCUCUGCAGGAAGCCAUCGUCUUUAGCCUCAUCACCAUCCUCCUUUUUUCAUGUGCAGGGUUUGACCACCAGUCUUCUGUAGUCAUGUGAAUGUCAACUGUUUAUUUUCUACUGAGGAGACAUGAGGAAGAGUCUCACACUGUAGAAAAAUGGAGCUGAGUGUUUAUACAGCGAUCAGUGAUUCUUCAAUUAGAGGAGACAUAUCUGAUGGUAAAUGACAGAUGUUUCUGACAG